AUGGGUGUAUUAGCUAUUGUUGAGGACCGCCCAACACCACCCUCCGUCUACAAUUGGCGAGUCUACGUCCUCGCCUUGGUAGCGUCAUGCGGUUCCAAUAUGAUCGGUUAUACUAGUGCCUUCAUCGGUACAACUGUCACCCUCUCUUCAUUUAGAAAGGAGUUUGGUAUUGACAAGUUGAGCAAGGCGGGUCAAAAUCUCAUUAGCGAGAACAUCGUGUCGCUGUUCAUCGCCGGCGCUUUCUUCGGUGCCCUUCUCACAUACGGCCUCAGCCACUGGAUUGGCCGCCGGUGGUGCUUGGCUAUCGCUUCUUCCGUAUUCAUCAUUGGUUCUGCUCUGCAGGUUGGUGCGACUAGUAGCACUGGCCUCGGCAUCCUAUACGCUGGUCGUGUCCUGACCGGGCUGGGUACCGGUGUUGCCUCUAACAUUGUCCCUAUCUAUUUGUCUGAACUGGCACCGCCAGCUAUCCGUGGACGUUUGGUCGGACUUUACGAACUUGGAUGGCAAAUUGGUGGUAUGCUGGGAUUCUGGAUCAACUAUGGUGUUAAGCAGCAUAUGGCAGCUAACCAUGAGCAAUGGGUCAUUCCUUUCGCCAUCCAGAUCAUUCCCUCUGGCAUGCUUCUUGCCGGUACCCUUUGGAUCCGGGAAUCCCCUCGUUGGCUGCUCAUGAAGGACCGCCGAGCCCAAGCCAUGGAGAACCUAUGUUGGAUCCGUCAGCUGGAUGCCACCGACAUAUACAUAACCGAAGAGGUUGCCGCCAUUGACGCAGCCCACGAAGCUAUGCAAGCUGCUGUCGGGUUCGGAUUCUGGAAGCCCUUCCAGGCCAUUUCCAAACGGCCGAACCUGAUGUGGCGUCUGUUCUUGGGAUGCAUGCUCUUCUUCUGGCAGAACGGGUCUGGUAUCAAUGCCAUCAACUACUACUCUCCCACUAUCUUCAGCAGUCUCGGCGUCGAUUCCAACACUGUCGAUAUCAUGACCGGGAUCUUCGGAGUCGUCAAGGCCAUCAUGACCAUCGUCUGGUUGCUCUUCCUCGUCGACCAGCUCGGUCGCCGUAACCUGCUCCUUGCCGGUGCCAUUACCGGCUCCAUCUGCAUGUGGGUUAUCGGCGCAUAUGUGUACAUCGUCGAGCCAACAAAGCACCACUUCGAAAGCCUGACCGGCAGCGGGAUCGCGGCCAUCUUCUUCUUCUACCUCUGGACCGCCGUCUACACCCCCACCUGGAACGGAACCCCCUGGGUCAUCAACUCGGAGUUCUUCGACCCGAACUUCCGGUCGCUGGCGCAGGCCUGCACGACUGCCAGUAACUGGCUCUUCAACUUCCUCAUCUCCCGUUUCACCGAGCAGAUGUUCGCUGCUAUGGGCUACGGCGUGUACAUGUUCUUCGCGUCAUUGUCCUUCCUCGCUUUCUUCUUUGCCUUCUUCCUGAUCCCCGAGACCAGCGGUAUUCCUCUCGAGAAGGUCGACCGACUCUUCGAGGAGUCGCCUGUGUGGAAGGCUAACAAGAAGCUGAAAGAGAAGCUCAAGGAAGAGGAGGAGCAGUUCCGGUACGAUGUUAAGGAUAAUGCUGUCCAUCAGGAGACUGUGGAGCAGAAGCUUGAAUAUGUCUAG